CGUAUAGAUACGACCACAGUUGCCUUGUCUUAAAUGUUCUAAAGUACUCUAUAGAGAUAUAUCGUAUAGCAUAAGUGAUUCUAAACUGAUCAUCUUCGGCCUCGCUCAAGAUAACACGAUUGGCAUUUUUUCUCAAUAAAUUAACGACUUUUUAUGAUCACUCUUCUCGAGGAAUUUUGCCGCUUUCCUCAGAAUGGGACCGAUAUUCUUCAUUUUAUUGACUUUGAUUCCAACAAUAGUGCUGUGUGAUGACGAAUGCUCCCCGGAUACGGACUGGAAGUACUACUCUGCCACAGGCAAAUGCUACUUUUUCAACACCCAAGACCAUUCUGGAGGAACUGGGCCAUGGGGGUUGACGUGGCGCGGGGCGAGGAAUUGGUGUAUGGCAAACGGAGGUGACUUGGCUUCUAUACACAGUAAAGAAGAAACAGACUUUAUUCUCAGUGUGUGGCCUCAAGACACUGACUGGUGGGAUUGGUGGAUAGGUCUCAACGAACUCGAUCUUUCAGGCGGUUACAAGUGGUCUGACGGUUCUCCUUUGGACUACGAAAAUUGGGCCAAGGGUGAACCAAAUGACUGGAAGGGUCACGAAUUGUGUUCUGAGUUGCGCUAUGCCAGAGGUCGUAUACUUAAAGGUCAAUGGAAUGAUCAGGUGUGCUCCUUUAUCCGGGGAUUCAUUUGUAAGAAGAACCCCAGAGGACGCCCUCCCCCUGCCACUCCACGCCCCAUAGAAUUACCAGGGAAUUGCCCGCCAACAUUCGUGCCCUUUGGCAACAAGUGCUACAAUUUCGUUCCUAUGAAGAAAAAGUGGAACGACGCUCAGGCUUAUUGUUAUGGGCUGGGUGCGGCCAGCUCGAAGGAGGUCAAUCUCGCAUCUAUCGCCGAUGAUGUUGAACAAGGUUACAUAACAAGUCAGCUGAUCAACAAGCCAUAUAAGUACUGGAUAGGCAUGCGCCAACUUGAGAGACCCAGCGAUAGACAGAAAGGGAAAUUCUAUUGGAUAGAUAACAGUGACGUCACUUAUACAAAUUGGAAUCGUGGAGAGCCGAACGGAGGAGCUGAUCCGAAUCUCUGCGUUCAGAUAUACAACAAUGCGUUUAGAGCUGGCGAGUGGAAUGACGAAUGGUGCACUGAUUCAGAGUUCUUCAUAUGCCAGACUUUAAAAGAUGUAAAGUACCCCCAACCACCUCAACUACCUAAUCCCUGUGGCUCCGGCAACACCGCAUACGGACCUGGAUGUUACAACCUCGUUUCCAUCCCGUCCACAUGGCAAGAUGCUCAAACUGAGUGCCGACGACAGGAAGGCUAUGACUUAGUCAGCAUAACAUCUCAGCACGAACAAGGAUUCAUAAGAGCAUUGAUGAAACAGAACGACAUGAUCUACAAUGCAAUGCCGAUGUGGACUGGACUUACUGAUAGAACUGACCCAGGUCACUACGAAUGGACAAACAAAUGGCCAGUGAUCUAUACAAACUGGGGAGAUGGUCAGCCCGUGAAGAAUUCGGGAGGGUGCGUCCUUGUGCGACCAGAUGAUGGUAGAUGGUAUGAUACUGACUGCUCCACUUUGGCCUAUGGUCUCUGUAAGAAGUCAGAUGCUAAGCCCCCAUACACACCUAAGCGCUAUGGCCAGUGCCCUCAUACUCGAGAUGGUGAUGACUGGGUGGGGUAUGAUGUGUCUUGUUACCUCUUCAGACCAAAGGAAUCUCUGAGCCACGGUGAUGCUGAAGUGGCCUGCCAAGCUUUAGAUGCAAGAUUGGUGUCAGUCCACAGUGAUGAGGAAACAAAUUUUAUAGUUUCAAGACUGGCGAAGACCAUCAGCUACACUUGCUGGGUUGGACUUAUGAAAAGUCUUUCUCGUGGCUACCAAUGGAAAGAUGGUUCUGCGGUUGAAUAUACCAACUGGGGCGAGAAUCAACCAUCUGAUGUUGACGGAACACAAGAUAAGAACUGUGUUCAGAUGUGGCUUAGCGGCAAGUGGUCUGACGUACAAUGUACCGCUUCCAGGGGAUAUAUUUGUAAACGUGACCAGAUUAACGUCAGCAAACCUCCUCAAGGGGCAGCAGCUGCGGGUAUAGCCAUAGGCGUCUCAAUUGCAGUAAUAGCACUUCUAACUGGACUAUAUUUCGUGUGGAAGAAGAAGUUCUCAGGGGGUAUAGCUAGUUAUUUUGACAAGAAGCCACAAGCCGAAGGCUUUAGCCCAAGUGACAUAGCAGUGCCUGAUAAAACAACUCUAUCCAAUGCAUAGCAAUAAUAACAAUGCAUGAUGAUGUAACAAAAUGACUGUAAUAACGCAUAGUGGUUCUCCAAGGAUGAUUGGCAGCCGUCAAAGCGAUUCAAACACGAUCCUUCCUUGACGUUCGUGAAACAGUUUGGUAAUGAACUUACUCAUAUGUUCUGGAUGACUAGCACUGCCAGGGGAUAUUGUGUAUUACUAUAAUAUGCGUUAUGUUCAUCUUCCGACAAAAUACCCUGUCUGUAGAAAAGCGAUAUCUACAAAUGAUAUUAUUACCAAAUUGUUCCGUGUCAAGCAAUUGAUGAUCAGGUUGAUUUCAUGACUGCCAAACCUCCUCGGUCAUUUCUCUUGUUAACAAAUAAUGCACGAUAUUAUUAUAUUUUACCGGAGUUCGAUUGGCAUAUGAAGUAAUUUCAAUAUACACUCACAUCAUUUCGACAAAUUUUGU